UGCGUUAUACAUAGAGAAAGGAUACGAGCAAUGACGCAAGAAUCGCUAAACGACGGUCAGACGAACGGUUCUGGAUCUGGACCCAGUUAUCCGGAUGGCUCGUUGGCAAAGCGAGUUGCAGCUACAUUGCCACUUCAUCCAGCUGACAAGAGAGCAUCUUCGACAAAUCUGAAAAGACCGGUUUGCUUACGAUGCAAAAAGGAACCCAGUACCAUUGUCGUUCAGACGUCGAAAUUCUGCACAUCAUGUUUCAGUUUCUACUUUGAAGGGAAAGUACGUACAGGGCUUGAACAAGCACGGAUAUGUGCUUACAUCAAAAGAAUGGAAGGAGAAGAACAACAGCAGCAGCCACAGUCCUCACAACAGCCUGAUCCUACAGCUUCAUCCAAAUUUGGAAAUGCAAGACAGAGUAAGUCAGGUAGAGUUCUAUUGGGACUGAGUGGUGGUCCGAAUAGUAGAGCAUUGCUCAGGAUGCUCAGAGAACACCUUUUGCCGCCUCCAAAUUAUGAUGCAAAGAAGGGAAAGCCGCAUGAGGUCUUUGCAGUUGAUGUGGUUUACAUUGACGAUAGCGCACUACAACCUACAACAGAAAGUCGCACAGAGGAAGUACGACAACUUGUCGAAGAAGAAGGUGGUGAGAGUGUUGGAUUCAAUUUCAUCCCUCUUCGGAUCGAAGAUGUUUUUGAAGAAGACAAGGCGACAACGUGUACGGCAGGUUUCAAACAGGCACGAUCGAUAUCAGACAAAAUUGUUCAAGUCUCAUCAUUGGACGCUCUGCGGAGUCUUUUCUCUACUAUUCGUCCAGAAAAGGUUCCUCGAACGGCUUUGGCCAAUGCACGAUCUCGAGCUGAAGAUAUGCACAGACUUCUCAUCACACAUCUUUUGAGGAGAGAGGCAGAAAGACGAGAAGUGAGCUGUCUCUUGACUGGAGAAAAUGCAACAAGGAGGGCUAUACGAACGAUUGAAGGUUUAGGCAGAGGUCAAGGACAUAAGAUGCCAAUGGAAGAAGGUCCAAUUCGAUUCCGAGAUGUUUACUUAUUGAAGCCAUUGAGUGAUGUCACUUCGAAAGAGGUAACGUUCUACCUUCGUACCAAUAAUAUUAACAGUCUUAUCCCGGACGAUUUGAUCGUUUCCGAGCUGUUGUCCGAACAAGAUGGCAGCGGAAGUGGAAAUAAGGCUAGUAUUGGACGAUUGACGGAAUCAUUGAUCAAUUUACUCGAGGGCAAUGUACCGGGAACGAUUAGCACAGUCAACCGGACCAGCAGCAAAUUAGUCUUUAAUGACGAAGAAGCUUCUCACAUUGCUGCAAAUGAGGAAGAAGAUAAAAGUGAUCAAGUGUUUGAAGCUGUCGGUCCUUCGAUGCCACUAAGGCGGCGAAAGCAGACAAAGGAGAGCAACGGAGCAGGUUCAGCAAUUGCCGAACUGGAACAAAACGUUCGUGGGUUGGGAUUAGGUGGACAAGGUGCAAAGGUGUACCUCUCUGUGAAAUCUUGGCCGCACUCUACCGGCCAUCAUGCAUGUCCCCUUUGUCAAAUGCCCGCUCAACGUGGAUUACAGGAAUGGAGGAAAGCCUUAACAGUUGAUAAGAAGCAAGAAGAAGAAAAGGUGGAAAAGGUCGAUGAGCAAUAUCCAAUCAAUUUAUCGGAUCUUUUAUGUUAUGCUUGCAAUUUGCUGCUGGAUACGCCAGAGACUUCUCCUUCAGAUCAGACGAUGCCUUUGCCAUUAUUUGUUUUAGAAGAUGCUCAGAGAAGAAUAAAGGAAAAGCGGCUGUAAUAAUAUUGUCAAUUGUCAUUUGCUUAGUCACCCCGAAGUCUUCCCGGAUUUCUUCCCUUGCAUGUAAAUGAGCGUGAAUUAAAAUUACAAAAGGAGGCUAAGGCGCAGCGCUGCGCAGCGCGUUUUAAGGGCGUAACAGACAGGAGAAAGGCGCGGCGUUGUGGGUGUCGAUUAACCCUUUGUGUGUG